AUGUCCUUUAACUUUUCCAACUUCACCAAAGACUUGAAGUCUUUUGGCGACAAGCUCUCGACCGAGUUCAACAACGAGAUCUUGCCAUUGGCCCAGAGAACCAACAGAAUCGUACAAGAAAGAAUUGGUAAAGUCAACGUUGAUGAUAUCAGCCAGUUGCCCUCUGAGUAUUUGGACUUGGCUUCCAAGUGUAACCACAUCGAGCAAUUGUACAAGAACGUGCUCAAAAUCACAGCCAACUAUGAAAACGAAAGCUAUGACUAUCCCAGCAACGCCCAGGAGCUGUUUGCCGAGUUUGGCAAGAACAUUUCUACCAGAGUGUCUUCUUUGCUGAAGGCUACUACUCCAGCAGAAGCCCAGGCUGCCUUGAUUAAUCCUUCUACUGGCGAAUUCAAGCCUCCCAAGACAUUGUACCAUGCUUUAUCAAGAGCUACAGACGGUUCUGUUUUGACUGCUAGUGCAGCUCCUACCCAGGAUCCACUUAUUAAGGCUUUAGACUUGUAUUCGUCUAAUUUGAACAAGAUCGCCAACGCCCGUUUGGGCCAAGACCAGUUGAUCAAGUCCAAGUUCAACAAGCCAUUGACUACAACUUUGAGACAGUUAAUCUCGCAGAGCAACAACAUUCAGAAGAAAGUCGAUCAGAAGAGAAUCGACUACGAUUUGCUGAGAUCUGCUUUGGCUAGCUGUACUAACGCUGUGAAAGAGCCCCAGUUGAGAGUAGCCAUGGAAAACGCCGAAGAUGAGUUUGCCAACACCGUAGAAGACGCAAUUAACAUCAUGCAGAACGUUUUGGAAAACGCCAGACCUUUAGAAGAGUUCUUGGAGUUAAUCAGAGCCCAAUUGGCCUACCACAAGUUGGCUGCUGAGUUGUUGGGAGGAAUGGUUGGUCUGUUCGAAGAGUUGAUUGAUGAAAACGCUAAGUUGUCUGCUGGUGGACAAGCUAGUAGUAGAGAAUCUGGUGACUUUGAUAUCUGA